GUACAUACCCAACAAAAUUUGAACCAAAACAGCGCAAAGAGGCUCAAGAGUAUCUUAGCGUCACUGACUCUGGAUUCUGCAACCACCUUUGCGCUUUGCCCCCACUUUCAGAGGCCCAUACCCACAUUGCAAAAGCCUAACUUUGUGCACAAAUAAAGUCACAAAUCAGGGAAAAAAAAAAAGGAGAGAGAGAAUCAGAAAACAACGAAACCCCAUUUCAAAAUGAGAGAGACCCUUUGAGAUUUUGCUUUCCCACCACUAGAUUCGUUUUUGAACCAAAAAAAAGAAAGAAAGAAAGAUUAAAAUGCUGUAAUGUUACAUAAAAGCCCAAAAAAACCAGAGAGAAAACAAAAUAUUGUGCAGAGAAGUAGCUUUCAUGGCUUGGAGGACGAGUAUUACUGUCUUUGGGUGUACCCAGACGAAAGAAUUCACUGAGAAGUGAUCAUUUUUCACAAAGAAAGAUCCACAUUUUGUUUCUUUUCGCUGGAGAAGAUGUUGUGUGCUUGCUCAGGUGAACAAUUCAAGUUCGAAGAGCCACCACAGUCGCCGGAGUCACUGGCCACCAGGGAUUUCUCGGCGAGUGGCCUUUCUUCUAGGACUGUUGACUGGGAAUCGAAAUUUGACGAUGCCCAAGUGGAUGAAGUUGAAUCCACACUAAAAGAAGCUCUCUCCUUAAACUAUGAGGAAGCUAGAGCUUUGUUAGGGAGGCUUGAGUACCAAAGGGGGAAUUAUGAUGCUGCCCUUCAGGUAUUUCAAGGUAUUGACAUAAGAGGUUUAACCCCAAGGAUGACCAGGGCUAUUGUUUGGAGAACUCGGCCACGAAGAACACGCGCUAAAGCUGAUAAUGCAGCUCCGGGCAUGAUGUCAAUGCAUUCCGUGAGCUUACUUCUUGAAGCAAUCUUGCUUAAAGCAAAAUCAAUGGAGGAGCUAGGGCGAUAUGUAGAGGCUGCAAAUGAGUGCAAAAUAAUUCUAGAUACAGUUGAAUCAGCACUACCUAAUGGAAUGUCCGAGGGCAUUGUUGAAGACUGCAAGUUGCAAGACAUGUUUCACAAAGCAUUGGAGUUGCUCCCCUACCUGUGGACCAAGGCAGGCUUUCUUGAUGAAGCUAUCAAUGCAUAUCGCCGGGCUCUAAUUAAGCCAUGGAACUUGGACCCCCAGAGGUUGGCUGGUGUACAAAAGAACUUAGCUGCCACGUUACUUUACAGUGGUGUUGAAGCAAGCCUUCCCCCUCCGUUACAAGUAUGGGGUCCAACAACCCCUAAAAAUAACACAGAAGAAGCAAUCCUUUUGUUGUUAAUACUCAUGAGAAAGGUGGCAUUUCUGGAAAUAAAGUGGGAUCCAGAAAUCAUGGACCAUCUAACCUAUGCACUCUCAAUUACUGGCCAGUUGGAAUUAUUAGCUGAUCAUGUGGAGCAGGUCCUGCCAGGCAUCUAUAACCGAGCUGAGAGGUGGUACUUUCUUGCUCUUUGUUAUAGUGCUGUGGGACAAAAUGAAACAGCUUUGAACCUUUUAAGGAAGAUUUCAGGCUGUUCUGAAGAAAAUAAAAAACCCCAUUUUCCUUCUUUUCUGCUGGGAGCAAAAUUGUGUUCCCAAGAUCCAAACCAUUCUCACCAAGGCAUAAACUUUGCUCGUAAAGUUAUUGAUUUGGCUGAUGAUCAGAAUGAACAUUUCAUAGGUCAAGCCCAUAAAUUCCUUGGUGCUUGCUAUGGGAAUGCUGCAAGAGUUUCUGCCUUAGAUUCUGAUCGAAUUCUCUAUCAGAAAGAUUCUCUGAACUCUCUAAACCAUGCUGCUCUUAAUGGGAAGGAGGAUCCAGAAGCGAUGUUUAGCCUUGGACUAGAAAAUGCAUUGCAGAGGAAUCUGGAUAGAGCUUUUGACAACACAAUGAUGUACUCCGAUAUGGUGGCUGGCAGCUCAGGAAAAGGUUGGAAGCUUUUAGCUCUUGUGCUUUCUGCAGAGCAGCGGUUCAAUGAUGCUGAAACCAUGGUUGAUUUUGCUUUGGAUGAGGCUGGGAUGAUGGAUCAAUUAGAACUUCUUAGAUUGAAAGCUGUACUUCAGAUUGCUCAGGAACAGCCCAAGCAAGCAAUAGAAACCUUCAGAAUCUUGCUAGCUAUGAUUCAAGGUCAGAGAGAGCAUCAAGCUAAGAACUUUGAUCAAGCGAAGUACUUGGUUUCCAAGGAAUUAGCAGAAAGAAAAUUGGAAAUGACAGCCUGGCAGGAUUUGGCUUCCAUUUAUACCAAACUUGGUUCAUGGCCUGAUGCAGAAAUUUGUGUGGACAAAGCCAAGUCAAUUGAAUUUUAUUCCCCCAGGUCUUGGCAUACAACAGGCAUGUUGUGUGAAUCUCAAUCAUUGUACAAGGAAGCAUUAGUUUCCUUCUGUGUCUCACUGUCAAUAGAACCCGAUCAUGUUCCGAGUAUUGUUUCUAUAGCGGAAGUAUUGAUGAAACUUGGAAGCCAACAACUCCCAAUUGCAAGAAGCUUAUUAAUGAAUGCUGUACGAUUAGAACCCACCAACCAUCAAGCAUGGUUGAACCUUGGAUUGGUCUCGAAAAUGGAAGGCUCUUUACAACAAGCAGCUGACUAUUUUCAAGCUGCUUAUGAGCUACAGCUUUCAGCUCCCGUUCAAAGCUUUGCGUGACAUUGGUUUUCCAAUAAUUUAGGCAGAAGACCCUUAGAAUAGGAUCCAUUAUGUUACUGUUCGCUAAUUUACUCAUUACUAGCUUAUUUGAUUAAAGGUGAAAUAAAAAGUGACUUUAAGUAAUUAAGUUAACUUUAAACAAUUGAAGCCAACUUAUUUGCUUAAAGUCAAUUUUUAUCUUACCAUUAAACAAAUAUGCUAACAAAUAUGCACUGCCAAUCACUCUCAUUGCCAGUAUUCAAUGGCCAGUAAGUUCAGCUGGUUUGAUUGGCCAAAAAAUGGAGUGCAUCUCAAUGGUUAUUGCUUGCUCCGCUCACCAGUGUUAAGUAAUCGAUUUCCUUGAUUAAAAUGCGUAGAAACUCAGGCUACUUGUAAUCAAAAUGUAUUUAGGGCUGGGUUUCCUAUGGAAUCUUGGACUGAUCGAUGGUUUAUUUUUGGAAGGAGGGGGGACUUAUAUUCUUCAGGGCCAAUACCUAUUUGUCUCUGUAUUACUAAUCUAGCAAUUCACACUUGGUAAAUUAAGCAGUGGAAUAUUUAGCUGAA